AUGGACUAUAAUGAGCUGAUGGAGGUGUUGUCGAAAUUGAACAAGACGGUGGCAAUGGCCCAGCAACAACAAAGAAUGUCACUUGAUGAAACAUUGAUCACCUUGAACAAAACUUUGGAAACAGUUGGAGGAUUGUUGGAAACGAUACAGAUCGCAAUUCUGAUCAUCGCCGUCGCUCUAUCAAUUCUCCUAGUUGGAAUGACCGCUACAUGUUAUUAUGCAAAAUACAAGAAGUACAGCCAAGUUUCAAAUGAGCCCGAUGACAAGGCAUCUUAUCGAAAAGGAGCCGGACAUCCCACUGAAUUU